AUGUCACAUGAAAAUAUUUCAUAUAAAAAUGCAAUCAGAAUUGUCAAUAGUAAAAAGAAUACUGACUCGCUCUCAGCAAUUUUAUAUUUAUCAGUAUUUUAUAUGAAAAUUAAAUUUAUAAAAGAUUUAGCGUUUUAUUUAUAUGAGAAAAAAAAUCAAAUUCUAUUUAAAAGUUAUUAAUUAAUUUAAUUAGAUUUAAAAGUCUAUAAUUUUUAUUUAUUGAGAAGAGUGAGAAAAUAACCCCAAUUAUUCCAAAAUCAAUCUGACUUGCAUCUGUGUUGUCUAAUUCUUCAACUAAACUGAAACUGAAAAUCGAAUAUUUCAAUACAGUAAGAAAAAUCAAUACUAUUGGGAUAAAGCUAACAGUUGAAAUUAUUUUCGCUAUUUUUCUUAAAAAUAAUACCACAACAUUUGGUGGCUUUUUUUCAAGAUAG